AUCAGUGCCUGCGGUGCGCUCCUCGCCGCCUUCUUCCUCUCCCUGCACGAGGAAGCCUCUGCGCCGCCGCUGCCACGCGCGGGCGAAGGACGCGGUCAUGCUUCCCGGCGCUCGCGGAGAUGCUGAGGUGCCUGGGCCGGACCAGGAGGGAGCAGUCCCUCAGGGGAGAGCGUCCCACGGCGAGGAGAAGCCAGGACUGCCGCUGCGCAGGAAGCUCUGCUAUGCCAUCGGGGGCAUCCCCUACCAGAUGACAGCCAACGCCCUGGGGUUUUUCCUCCAGAUCUUCCUGCUGGACGUCGUGCAGCUGGAGCCCUUCCACGCCUCUCUGAUCCUUUUCCUCGGAAGAGCCUGGGACGCAGUUACUGACCCUGCUGUUGGCUUCCUGGUCAGCAAGAGCCCGAGGAGAAAAUACGGCAAGCUGAUCCCAUGGAUUGCGUGCUCCACGCCGUUCGGGGUGCUCUGCUACUGCAUGAUGUGGUCCACCCUCGCGGACGGCGCCCCCGUCUCCCUGAAAUUCCUGUGGUACCUGUUCACGUACAACUUCUUCCAGAUUUGCAUGACUUGCUACCACGUGCCCUACUCUUCCCUGACAAUGUUCCUGGGAGGAAACCAGAGAGACCGAGACUCGGCCACCGCCUACAGAAUGGGGAUGGAGGUGUUCAGCACGCUGCUCGGCUCAGGAAUCCAGGGGCAGAUGGUGGGCGCUUACCACGGCCACACGACGAACGGCUGCUCCUUCGGGAACGGGACCCUGCCCAACAGCAGCACCCCCAGCCUCGCCGGCUCGCUGGAGGGCACGAGCCUACGUGUCUGCCUCCCUGGUCCUGGGCUCGAUCUACUGCCUCUCCUGUCUGAUUCUUGUCUUCGGGGUCAGGGAGCAGCCGGGGCCCCUCAGCCCCCUGGGGAAGACUGGGCUGCCCUUCACGAGCUGCCUGAGGACGAUCGUGGGACACAAGCCCUACACCCAUCUGCUCUGUGGCUUCCUCUUCGCGUCCCUGGCCUUCCAGGUCAUGCAGGGGAUUUUUGCUUUCUUCUGUACUCACGCCGCGGGGCUGGCCGGGAAGUUUCAGCACUUGGUGCUCAUCAUGCUGGUCACAGCUUCCCUCUCUAUCCCCUUUUGGCAGUGGUUUUUGGGGAGAUUUGGGAAGAAAACGGCAGUGACCUUGGGCCUGGCGCUGAUCAUCCCGGCCCUGGUGGCCAUCACCCUGGUGAGCCACAACUUCCCGGCCUUCGUCCUCCUGAUGGUGGUGGCAGGCUGCAGCUCGGCCGUGCUCUACCUCCUGCCCUGUUUUGCAGGUUACCGCGCCAGAGACUGCACCUACAACCCCUCCGUCACCCUUGCCCUGAAGCUUCUCAUGGCCCCAGUCCCGAUCAUCCUGCUGCUCAUCGCCAUAACCAUCUUCUGCCUCCAUCCCAUCAACGAGGAGCGGAGGAAGCAGAUGAGGAUGGAGCUGGAGGCGAUGGGGCGUCAGGCGCGGCGCGGCAGCUCAGACCACCACCAGGGCUGAGUCGGUGUGAAGGAUGUUUCUUGCGAGUGCCCGAGUCCAUGGUCGGGUGCUGGAGUGUGCUGCCCUCUGCCACUACGUUGCUUUCAGCCUCGCUGCCUGCAGAUUUACGAACGAGCAAGAGCCUUUGAACAACGAGGCAGCACUCCGCUUGCUGGGGUUUUAAAGUCCCGCAGCAGGCAUGAGUUAUGUUCAAAGGCACACGUUCCUUGGGCCGGAGGCGUGGGCUGAUCGGGGGCUCCCACCCUGCAGCACGUGCCGGCAGCGGGCUCCAGGCUCCUGCAGCACGGGACCCAACGCGGUGCGGAGCUGGGAGCGGCUGCUGGCCUCUGUGGUGCCUGUUGUAUGGGGAAGUACUUCUAUAUACCAAAAAAUGUCUUUUAUUUUUUAUGCUAUUAAAUCUG